AUGACGAACAAAAAACACCUCGAAGGCCUCGCAGCAAAUAUCCAGCAGGCUGUAGCCUCAUACGACUCCGCCAACCCGGCAAGCUGGAUACCGAUCCAAGAUGCCAUGGAGAACCUGCGUCGUGCGACUGAGCCUCCACCUGUUUUUAUUAUGAAGCAACGAUUUCACACCGUUCAGAAUGUCUGCAUUGUUGCCGCGCUUGAAAUUGGCUUGAUUCAAAUACUGGCUGCGAAUGAGGGAAAUAGUAUAACGGCUUCGGAUUUGGCCAAGGAGUCGGGAUAUAAUAAGGAUUUUAUUGUUCGCAUCAUGCGAAUGAUAACUGGAAUCGGCUUCGCGGACGAGACCGGAUACCAGACAUACACCGCCAACGCAAACACAAUCUGUCAAAGCCAUCCCGGGAAUAUGGGGGGUUUGAUACUUUCAAAUGAGAUGGUCUACCCCCUAGCGAGUCAAAUACGCCAGUACCUCCAGCAGAAGAAACCAUGCGACAUUAGUGAUUCCCCCCCCGCAUACGACUUUACCAUGGGUGAGACCGUCUGGGAAACCUUUAAAAAUAAUGCUCGAUGGAAAAAGGGGUUCGAUGACAAUAUGACCGCUCGAAAUAAAACACUGUCUAUUCCCUGGCAUGUUAAGUUCCCAGUAAAAGAAAGAUUAACUGAACUGCAGUCGUUGGCAAAGCCAGUUAUUGUCGAUAUUGGUGGGAACCAGGGCGUCGAUUUGGAGCGUUUUAUUCGCGAAUUUCCAGGCUUAGAGUGUGAUUUGAUUCUGCAGGAUUUGCCAGAGACAUUGGACGGGAUUACAGACAAACUAGAUCCGAGGAUCAAGGCUGUUGCAUACGACUUUUUCACAGAGCAGAAAAUUAAAGGAGCUGAUAUUUACUAUCUGAAGUCUGUCCUCCACGACUGGGACGAUAUUUCCUCGCAGAAGAUUCUGUCCAAUACAGCCAAGGCAAUGAAGCCCCACUCUCGCCUCCUUAUAAAUGAAAUGGUUCUGGCUGAUACACAUGAAACUUUGGUAAGGGCUGACAUGGAUAUGCUGAUGUUGUUCCUAUGCAAUGGAAUGGAGCGUACACGGACGCAAUGGUCGGAACUAUUGGCCAAAGUAGAGCCACCUCUGAAGUUGAAUCAAGUAUGGUCCGCACCGGGGGAUCAGCAAAGUGUUAUCGAGGCAUCUCUGGCAGACUAA